GGCACUGACAGACGCCUGAAUCAGACAGGGAUUAACCAAGGAAACUAAACUGCGUAAAGAAAUUAAUUGUGCCGCCUGUCUUCAUCUACGUUGGUGCUUUUUGCGGACUGAUCCAAACAGGAAAUCAAUGAAGGAGAGAAGAUCUUGCCAAAAGCCAUCACUGAAAUCCGGGAUGGAUACCUCACAGAGUGUGAAAUGCAAGAUAGUGGUCGUAGGGGAUAGCCAGUGUGGCAAGACGGCUCUACUUCACGUGUUCGCCAAGGACUGCUUUCCAGAGAACUAUGUCCCGACGGUGUUUGAGAAUUACACUGCCAGUUUUGAAAUCGACACGCAACGGAUUGAACUGAGCCUGUGGGAUACUUCAGGCUCUCCGUACUACGACAACGUGAGGCCCCUCUCGUACCCUGACUCCGACGCCGUCCUCAUCUGUUUCGACAUCAGCAGACCAGAGACGCUGGACAGCGUGCUCAAAAAGUGGAAGGGAGAGAUCCAGGAGUUCUGCCCCAACACAAAGAUGCUCCUCGUGGGCUGCAAGUCGGACCUGCGGACGGACCUCACCACGCUCGUGGAGCUGUCCAAUCACAGGCAAACGCCAGUGUCAUAUGACCAGGGUUCCAACAUGGCCAAGCAGAUCUCGGCGCCCUACAUCGAGUGUUCCGCGCUGCAGUCGGAGAACAGCGUGCGGGACAUAUUCCACGUGGCCACCUUGGCCUGCGUCAACAAGAACAGCAAGAACGUGAAGCGGAACAAAUCCUCCCGGGCCACCAAGCGGAUUUCCCACAUGCCGAGCCGCCCCGAUCUCUCCGCCGUGAACUCUGACCUCCGCAAGGACAAAGCCAAGAGCUGCUCGGUCAUGUGAGCGCCGUGCGUCGGCGGCUCGCUUGGCCUGGACUCGGCCGGCGGCCAGUGGCAGAGGGAAAGGGCUUUAACGCGCUGGAGAGGAGAGGAGGUGGACGUGGGGAGGGGUGGGGGCGAGAUGGAGGAGGGGGGGGCGUAGCAUAGAACAAGGCCCCCCCCCUCUUCUCCUCCACCCUAAAAGGCAGGUGGGAGCCGUUGCGUUGUUCGUUUGUCGGCUAAGCGCAGAGGGUGGAGGAACCGCGUGCACUUUAGGUCAUUGUUUUUUUUUUGGUUUUUGCUGAACUCUGAACUCCUGACGGACGGAGGAUUUGUACGCAACGCAACGUAACGUGCCCACGUAGCGGGAGUGCUGAGAGUGCCAAUGGGGGAAGAUGUACAGAGGAUAAAAAAAGACACAAAAAAAAGACAAAACAAAAAUGAAAUGAACAAAUAAAACAAAAAGACUUGUGAAACUCCACCCUGCCUCUCCCUUCGUAUCCUCCAGACACUCGUCGAGGAGCUGGUCCUCUGCUGAGCUCAUGAAUCGGAGGUGACAGAGGGGCUACUUUCCUCCUGGAAGUGACCCAGUUUCCUGUCCGAGCUCUGGACAGGAAGUGCUGAAGACCUCCUGUGGCAGCCUCAGGAAGUGAGGCGAGCAGGAGGGAGAGGGAGGGGGGGAAGAGGUGUCGCCAUGGAAACUCUACACUCUUUCUUUCGCCCCCCCCCCUUCAGACACGUCUCGCAGAGUGCGAGGGGAGUCCAAAAAAGCUUGGAGGGAUAAAAAGAAACAUCUGUCAUCAUCCCCAAUCCCUCCUCCACCCCCCCCCCCCCCAAACUUCUUUGGACUCUCUUCAGAAGGACACACACACAGACACACACACACACACACACACACACACACACACUUAGACACACUCUGCUGUGGCUCCUAUUGGCUGGAAACCUUAAAGGCCUGCCAGUCUUCCAGCCCCCCCGUGUCAGGGCUUUGUCUCUCCGACAUGGCCGAUUAAAGAAGUGAAGCAAACAGCGUAUCACUGUGGUUUGAGACUCCGUUCCCCCUUCCCCAUUCAAGGUUGUUCUUGUUCAUCAUCACUGUGGAUGUUUGUUUUGUUUUGUUUUAUUAUUUUUUCUUGGUCUUAGGCCCCACUGUUUUUUUUUUUAGCACAGCUUUCCCCAAUUCUCCUCAACUUACUGCAUACCUCGUUUGUGGUCAUGUAGUCAUUUCUUAAUCGUUUUUGUGAUGUGCAGACAUGAAGGAAAAAAAACAAAACAAAUUGUGGUUUCUAAGCCAAAGAGAGAAACUUGGAUCUCCUGCCCCAGUGGCCUGGACAGGAGUGGGGAUCACUGGUGGAACUAGGAGUGUUGCUACAUGCUGAUGUGUCUAAGGAUGUUCUCCCGCCAACCUAAGCAGGACUCUAAAUUCAUGCCAGACUAGCAGUGCCACUGAUGAAUGCCCAGUUUAAGCAGUGCCCCUGAUCGAUGCCAAGUUUGAACACCUCUGCCCAGUCUUCUUGAAAUGCCCCUCCUAGUAGCAGACUCAGGAAGGGACCUAGCUCAACUCUCUGCCAGAUUAGGAGUCAGACUCAGCUUUGCUCAAACACACGUAGCAGCUAGCCUGAGGCCUAGUAUUAGCCUGUUCCUCUCCAUGCCCAGUGUGUACAGGGGUGGACUGAGAGGAUGGUGUCAUAGGAGAUAGUGGAGUUUGAAACACUACUGGCCCCUUUAGCGCUGUCUCCCAAGAGCAUGCUUUGACCAUCGUAACUGAGAGAGACUUCCAAAUGGUGUCUUUCAGUAAUGGUGAUGGUUGCACUAUGAAACGUUUGAUGAAACUGAGUGUUAAAUUGGCAUCAGAUAAGGGCCAGGUAUUUUUCAGUAGUCACCUGGUGAUAGUCAAGCAGUGUUCAGAACCAAUCUGGACCGGGGCUUUUUCAAAUCAGAGAGGGCAAUUCUGGAACCAACUCUAGAACCGGCCUUCCUGUGGGUGUAUAUGUGCUUUAACCGCUGGUCUGCCGGAGUCUUUGGGCUGAUGGUUGCGGAACAUAUUUACCCAUGAACCGUUGUGUUCCUCUGCUUGUUCUUGACUAUGCAAUUCACCCCCAAGCCCAGCACCGCCCCCUAGAGGAUGGGAGUGAGAUAAGCACAUUAAACAUUGGCCAAGCUCUGCUGUCACAGAGCUCCUUGGCUUUCCGUCUGUUACUGGGUUUCCUGAUGAAUCAGGUGUGGUAGCCCACUGAAAGAUAGGAUCCAUCCAUAGGCCUGUAGGUGCACGCUGAGGGGUUAGUCUUGUAGUUGAGGGGCCAGCACAGUGUCCAGUUGAGCUGAGAGAUGCCUUUUUAAGCUGUUUAGCUGGCGUGGGGAGUUUACUCUGAGAUGGUGACUGCAUCAUGGCCAGAGUCAGUCCAAGUCCAAGACCUGGGCUAGUUCAGGACUAGAUCAGUCCAAGACCUGGACUAGCUUAGGUCUACAUCACGAUCAGGCCGGUGCUAGUUUAGAACUAGAUCUGUGCUAGUUCAAGACCCUAGGUUGCAGUACUGUGGGACAGUGUAUUCAUGGGCAGUAUUGCCAAACAGCUAGCAUAUGCUUUCUCUAUUUAAUGUUGACAGAUGUUUUUUUUUAAAGGCAAUGAAAAAUGUAGGCCUUUCUUUUAUGAUUUUUUGUUGUUUUUUUAUUUUUUAUUUUAUUUCCAUGUUUUCUCUUCCAUUGAUGUUGCCAUAGUAUUUAUUGAAUUUAUAUAUUGCCUCCUUUCAAAAAGCUGAACAAAUAAAAAGAGUUCAU